GGAAAUACCUUUAUUCCCUCAGGACUCAACCAACACCCUCUGCUCUCAGGCUAACAACCAAAAAUGGCUUCAGGUCCAAGUUCAGGUCUCACCAUCGUCCUUCUGGGAAACUCAGGUGUUGGCAAAAGUGCUUCAGGAAACACCAUCCUGGGACGAAAAGCAUUUGUGUCAAAACGUUCCUUCACCUCAGUGACAAAAGAAGUCUCUAAAGAAACUGACAGCGUGUUUUGUAAACGGAUCACAGUGGUUGACACUCCGGGAAUAUUAGGAUCCGAGAAGGAGGUUACAACCUUGUGUCAAGAUCUCCUGAAGUCCAAGGAACCUUGUUUGUUCCUGAUAGUGGUUAAAAUAGAUCGAUUCACUGAUGAGCAGAAGAACGCUGUGGAGGCAGCGAUCAGAGUCAUUGGCGGUGAGGGGUUUGAGAACUGUCACCUGCUCUUCACAUCAGGGGAUGCCCUUAAGGACAAGCAGUUGGAUGAUUUCAUCAAUGACGAUCCAGAGAGUCCUCUUCCAACACUUGUUGAAAGAUUUAAAGGGAGAUAUCAUGUGUUCAACAAUAAAAAUGGAAGACUGGAACAAGUCCGACAUCUGCUGGAGAAGUCCGGUCACCUCAGUGACGUGGUGUCCGAUCCUCCUGGUGAUCCGAGGAGGAUGGUGCUGCUCGGUCUGCCUGGACAGGGAAAAAGUGCAUCAGGAAACACCAUCCUGGGAUCCAUUCAGUUUAAAUCAGGCUGUGACUUUAGAGGAGUAAGUACAGAAGCUGUUUCUAAAACAGCCACAGUGGAGGGUCGUCAGGUCACAGUGGUGGACACUCCAGGAUUCACUGAUAAAGAUCCUGAACACCUUUUCAGGGAGAUCGUGAUGUCAGUAGAAAAGGCUUAUCCAGGGCCGCAUGCCUUCAUCAUUGUGUUGAGAAUAAACAGGAUCUCUGAAGCAGAAAUUAUGUUGUUUGAGAUGCUGCCAAAACUCUUUGGCAAAGGUGUUCGUAAACACAUGAUGGUCCUAUUCACUCACGGGGAUGGCCUGAAAGGCAAGUCCAUUAAGAAUUUGAUUAAGGCUGAGAGAUCUGUGUCUGACCUAGUAACCAUGUGUGCAGGUAGAUACAGUGUGUUUGACAACACAAAGAGAGGAAACAGGGUGCAGGUUAAACAUCUUCUGGAUAAAAUGGAUAAGAUGGUAACAGCCAAUAACGGAAAGCACUUCAUCUCCGAGAGGUCCACACGGGUUCAAAUGCUAUCAGGAGGGUCCGAAAGAGUCAGCGAAACGACAACUACUCAGUUUUGGCUGGACCUCUUUAAAUGGUUCAUGGAGUGGCUCUUAAAAUUACUUGCGGUUUAUAAUGGAAUGCCAAUGCUUGCAGCUAUGAGACAGUUGUAGUCAAUUGUGGAUGGUGGUAAUGGAGAGGCUGCAGGCUCAGUAGCAGUGUGGGAUGAGGUUUCACCGCCUGUUUCAUGAAAACAACAUUUAUACGACAAAAAGGUUUCACUUAAUAUAUUUUAAUUAUGUACUUGAUUUCUUCGUUAUGAUCAGAGAGAAGUUUUCCGUCAGUUCAGGAAGUAAUAUGUUAUUGUACUUCACAGCAAGUGUUGAGUCGAUCGGGUGAAUGACUGUUGGGGGAAUGAAAGGACAGACAAAGGUUCCUUCCAUUUGAAUUAGAAAACAAAACACUUUGCUUCAGGAGGGAUGGUGCUUAUGUUUUUCAAAUGAAAAUGAACAAGUCAUGUAUCAGGCUUCAAG